AAACAUGAUCAGCGCCCCAGAUGUGGUGGCAUUUACCAAAGAGGAGGAGGAGGAGGAAGAAGCCUACAGCGACCCGCCUUUGCCCGAGGAGUACUCCGUGCCUCUCUUCCCUUUUGCCAGCCAUGGGGCCAACCCCUGGUCCAAGCUCUCCGGCGCCAAGUUCACCCGGGACUUCAUCCUCAUCUCGGAGUUCUCAGAGCAAGUGGGGCCCCAGCCGCUGCUCACCGUUCCCGACGACGCCAAGGUUUCUGGCACCUUCGAUCUCAACUACUUCUCCCUCCGCAUCAUGUCGGUGGAUUAUCAGGCUUCCUUCGUUGGGCACCCGCCUGGAUGCCCGUACCCAAAGCUGAACUUUGUGGAAGAUUCGAAAGUCGUGCUGGGGGACUCCAAGGAAGGAGCUUUCGCUUACGUACACCACCUGACGCUCUACGACCUUGAAGCUAGGGGCUUCGUCCGUCCUUUCUGUAUGGCCUACAUUUCUGCCGAUGAGCACAAAAUUAUGCAGAUGUUUCAAGAGCUGUCUGUGGAGUUCUCGAAAGCCUCGGAGUGCUUAAAGACUGGCAACCGCAAAGCCUUUGCAAAUGAACUGGAAAAGAAACUGAAAGACCUCAACUAUACCCGAACUGUGCUGCACAACGAAACAGAGAUCCAGAAGAAAAACAACGAGAAAGGGUACUACACGACGCAGGCCAUUGAGAAGGCCAAUGAACUGGCCAGCGUUGAGAAAUCUAUCAUAGAGCAUCAAGAUCUUCUCAGACAGAUCAGAUCUUAUCCUUACAGUAAGCUGAAAGAUUCUGAUUUUCAUCCUUAUGAGCCAGAGAGUGCAAUGGAACCAGCGGAAGACAACUUGGAACACGGAUUUACUACCUCGAAACCUGAUGAAACUGGCGAGACAAAUCCAUAUCCUCGGCGCUCUUCUUACAUCCCGAAGCUCAUCAAGGCAAAAUCCGCCAAGUGUUUUGACAAAAAACUCAAAACCCUUCAGGAGCUGUGCGAUGUGUAUUUUUUCACCCAGACGCUAGAUCAGUUACAUCAAAUUGAGAAAACGUUCCGAGGGGACGUUUGCUAUCUCCUCACCAAUCAGAUCAGCAGAGAACUUUUGAAACGACAAAAAAUUACCAACUUCCUUUUUGAAGAGAUGUUCGCUGUUGAUGAAAGACCACCUGAGAAGCAGUUGAAUGCCUUUGAGGGAUCUCCUCUGGAUUCCUCUGAUGCCAAAUACUUGGAGGUCUGUCCUGUUCCAAAAACAUUAGUUAGCUUGACAGCUUACAAAUCCAGUGUUGAGUCUGUGCCCAUUAAGAUGGAUCAGGAGCUCGAAGAUGCCCCAGGCACGGAUGUCGGCGACCCAAUCGCUUAUGAUCUACAGGAUAAUCUUGGAUACCUUGAUGCAGAUCUCAAAGGAAGUGUCAGUAGCGGUGAAAGUAUUGAGGUUUUGGGGACGGAGAAGUCUGCAGCUGCCCUCGCUCCGUCCGAAAGCCAAGUCAGCUUGCUGCCACCACACCCUAGCCCGAAGGCAGCAAGGAACAAAGCCGUCAGCGGGAGGACCAUCAGCGAAGACAGCAUCGAGGUCCUCAGUACGUGUCCCUCGGAAGCGCUGAUUCCUGAUGACUUUAAAGCGAGCUACCCAAGUGCCAUUAAUGAAGAGCCUUACGCUGAUGAAGAAGAUGAAGGUCUUCGCUUCAGCCCCAGUUUAAAUCUGGACUGCGCUGAAGAGGUGGGAAGCAACCCAGAACCUGAAAACCUACUUCCUACAGACUCUGCUUGCUGCAUCGGGAAAGAGAGCCCUAGCUUUCUGGAGCCAUUGCCCAACCUGGCCCCCAGACUUUGCGACGACGAUGGGGUAGUCAGCAUCCCACCCCGGCCCUACCGGCAGGUGGACCAGGAAUUUCGUGUAAACUUAACAGACUAUUCUUCUCACGACGGCAUCUUGGGAGGUCUCCUGACAUACGAACUGGACCCACAUUAUCUCACGAGCAGCCGAGAGACGAGUAAAAUAAGCCUGGAUAAGUGUUCGGACUCGAACACAAGCUACAUGAGCAGUGCAGGGUCGACAAGCUCUGACAGGACUCCGUCGCCCGCUCCCCUCGUCGGCCUCUCAGGAGAGAGGCACAAGAAGAAAGCCGGCCAGAACGCGUUGCGGUUCAUCCGGCAGUACCCUUUUGCUCACCCGGCCAUCUAUUCCCUCCUAAGUGGCAGGACGCUGAUCGUGCUGGGGGAAGACAAAGGGGCCGUGGAGAAGCUCAUCAUGGCGCUCUCUGUUUUUGUGCCCUGUUGCGGGGCACACACCAAGCCUGUGAAACACUGGACCACCUCCUCUUUACACAUCAUGGAUUUUCAGAAGUGGAAGCUGAUUGGAUUGCAAAGGACGUCUUCCCCAGCAGGCCUCAACGCGCUGCACUCCCUCAGCCGCUACAGCCGCUACAUCAGCAUCCUGGACGCGGACAGCAAGACCCUGCGCUGCCCCCAGUACAGGGGGGUCCUGAUCCCCCGCCUGGCUGACCACCGCACGCAGAUCAAACGGGGGAGCACGUACUACAUGCACGUCCAGACUGUCCUCACCCAGCUGUGCUCCAAGGCCUUCCUGUAUACCUUCUGCCCUCACCUGCACCUCCCCAUCCGAGAGGGGGAGACGGAGGAGUCCGUGGCGGCCCGGCAGCGGAACUUCCUGAAAACCCGCCUGGGGCUGGCCAACGAGGACGGCAAAGUGCUGCAGUAUCUGGCCGAGCUUCUCAAACUCCAGUACCUUCAGGAUCCCGUCCGGGGGGUCAGCCCGGUGCUCAGGUUCGAUUACGUGCCCAGCGCGCUGUACAAAAUUUGACCCCCUCC